AUGCUUGAAAAUACUACAUCUACGACCUGGAAUUGCAGUUUCUGCAACCCAACUGUUGUUGGUGAUACCCUGAAGAUCUCUCUCAUGGUGUUACUUAUUGUAACCAUCACAGUGGGCAACAUAGUGAGCCUCCUUGUUUUCAUGAGGACCAGACAGCUGAGAACAUCUCAGGGAUUCCUGAAGACCUCUCUAGCCCUCGCCGACUUGGCUGUUGGACUGUUUGUAAUUCCUUAUUCUGUAUACAAGGAAGUUAUCCGAAUUGUUUAUGGACUGGAAGAAGGUGAUGGACAUUCUUCUAGAUUCAACUCACUGUUCCCUUGUUUCAUCAUGGGGCCACUCUAUGCUGGGUGCACAUUUGUCUCAAUUUCUACUAUAUUCCUAUUGUCAGUAGAGAGGAGCUUUGCAGUGCUGAGACCUCUUCAUAAGAAAAUGUUGAUCACAAGGAGGAGGACAGGAUGGUUCAUUGUCUUCUCCUGGGUUCUCAGUUUCUUUUUAGCCAUGACACCCAUACUCUUUGGUCGAGGUAUAACUCUAGAGUACAACUUUUGCAGCAAGAUGUGUAAUUAUGUGUUCAUCACUGAUCAUCCUCAGGACGCAAGCUGGAACAUCAUGCUAAUCUUCCCAGUCUUUGACUUCUCAAUCUUGGGUGGCACUUUUGCCAUAAAUUUCAUCACGUUUGCAGCGAUCCGACAAUACUGCAAAGUGAGGAAACAACUGGAAAUGGAUGUGCAGAGCACCUGCAGCAAGGUUUCCUUCUCAGACAUCACAGCAGCUAAGACCAUAGGCAUUCUCACGUUUGCCUUUUCUGCAUCGUUCAGCCCCAUCGCAGUGUUCGUGGUGGGUAACGUUCUAGGUUACCCCUGGUGUGAGUUCUCUUUUUACGCAUUCUGGAUACUCACGUCAAACAGCUGCUGGAAUGUAGUCAUCUACAGCGUAAGGGACUUAAGAUUCAGGCAAGGUGUUCGAGAGUUAUUUAGCAGACAAACAGUUAAAUCUCCAACCCACCAGCAAAGACCUCCGUGUCCUGCCAAAGAGGAUAGUUCUUCUCAAUGUGUGGCUGUCCUCAAGGAGAUCUUCCGCCCAGAAACAGCUUGA